AUGAAUUCAAGACCUUUACUAUCGCCAUUAAGUCGAUCACCUAAUCCAUCUUCCAAUCGGAAAAGUCCUCGCCUCGAUAAAAAUCAUCAUUCUGGCUUACGCCGAUCAUUAAGGCCACUUUAUAACCCUACUUCCGAUAUCGAUAGUGCUGAAGUUCAUCAUCAUCUUCAUCAUCUUGAUUGGUAUCGCAAUCAAGAAUUAUCCACGCCAACAAUCAUACGAGGCUCUUUCUCCAGUUCACAUCGAGGUAGUGUUAGAUCGAUAGCGGAUGACUGUAGUACCGAUGGAGAAGAGAAAAAGAAAUUAAUCAAGCCUUUGCGAUCCAUUAGCAAACACCAUCGUACAAGAAGUGGCACAUUACCUUCCAAUCCAAAGCGUUUUACGAUCCAACUUGCUCACUACGAAUCCAUUCAAGGAUUCUGUAGCCAACAGGAAUGCCGACUACAUUUCUCUAGUAGGGUAGAAACUUUAAAUAGCUACGGUAAAAUAGCAUUUGCCACCUUCUAUAAAGGUGUGAACCAUGCUAAGAAAAGAUUUCGCAAAGCAACCAGAUUUGUGUUAAUGGUAAUCAAAAUUAAAUAUGCAGCGAUUCAAACCAAUAAAUACAGUGCAGAUUCUGAUGAAUUACCAAUGGAGAAUCAAUUGGUCAAGAAACCAGUCAAAGAAUUAAUUCGCACGCCAGGCUAUUUCGUUUCUACUGGUAGCAGUUCCAAGCGAAUGCCUACAUUUGUAUCGACAAAUCGCCAAGUAACAUUUGACUUUAAGCAAUACAAGGCGAAGAGAGAGAUGGUGCUUAAUAAAGAAGUCAAAUUGGCCUUAAGUCAGUCACCACAGAAUAGAGGCAAAGAACAACUGCAAAUGAUUUUAUUUGCGCUUCAAACAUUGGAAUGUUUUUCCGAAUAUCCUCUUGAUGUCCAACGAGAAAUAUGCCGUGUUGGCUGGCUAUUAGAAGUUUUACCGGAGCAAACACUCAUCCGUCAAGGAUAUCCAGCGAGCUAUUUUUAUAUCAUCAUUUCAGGAAUGGCUAAAGUCACGCAAUACAAGCCUAAUGCCCUAUUUCAGGGAGGAGGAUUAUCAGCUGAUAUUGCAACUUUAUCGCGAGGGCAAACUUUUGGGGAAACUGCUUUAUUAUAUCGAAGAAAGCGAGAAUAUACAAUUACAUGCGUAGAAAAAAUGCAGCUAAUUGCAAUUGAUGGCGAUGAUUUUAACGCCAUCUUUUUGCGAGAAAAGGAAGGCCAAGCUGCAGAAUAUAUCCAAAUUUGCUCAAGAGGAUGUGUGAUCGUUGAGGAUAGCAAGUUAUCGGAUUGGAUCUAUGUUAUUCGUUCGGGAUCUUGUAGUGUUGUCGUUAAGAUGAAACCGACAAAACCAUACUUUAACAAGAAAAAGACAAACAAUAACCAACUGAAUAAUCUCGGAGAAUGCUUGCUACCAAGCCUGCUGCCAUAUUUAAAAAAUAAUAAAGAAUCACCAAAAGAUGAUGAAGACGAAGCCCUUUCGGAGAAAAAUGCUAAUUAUCCUGCUGUUACGAAGAUAUCAUCGUUACAAGAUAACCAAAUUGAUAAAACUGAAAAGCCCAAAUUGAGCAGAAUGAAACCUUCUAGAACAUUAAAUGAUAUUAGCGUUGCCAUCGGCAAGCCAGUCAUUGGCACUGGAAACGAUGAUUCGGAAAAUAACCAGGCCGUUCAUCAUGCUUCAUUACAUGGAAGCUUUUAUCAUACUCAAAUUAAAGGCGAUUCUUUUGAUAAUGGUAUUGUAAGACAAACUAGUGUAGAGCAUACGGCUAAAAAUGAAGGCAAUAAUACACGAAAAUUGAAUCGAAGGCGUGCCUUGAGCUUGAAGGCUAUAAAAACCUGCCCUGAGGUAGAUGAAAUAGAAAGCGAACGAAAUUUUAUCAACAGUCAAAUUAAUAACAACGAACGCCAUAUUGUCGUUCAAAUUGAGCUGCUAAAGCCUAAGGAUUGCUUUGGAUUAUCUACUCUGGAGGUUGACAAGGGUGUAAUAAUUGAUAGACCAUCCUUAUCGCUUGUUAGUAAUGGUUCCGAAUGUAUUAUGAUAUCGAAAGAAUUCUACCUGCGUUAUGCCAAUGACGACGUUAAAAGCUAUUUAAGAAGUCAAAUCGAGUCAUAUCCGAGUGAGGACAGCCUCCAGCAGAUGUGGCAAGAUGCAACAAACUGGAAAGCUUAUAAGAACAAAAUGCUGGAAAUUUCCAGAUGCCACCAAUAUAAGCGAUUAUAUUAA